CUGAAGAAUGCAAUGUGAAAACUAUACCCUUUCUCUGCUUGUCAAAAUUUGUAUUGAUAUUUAGGCCCAAUGGAAAUACAUUUGCUAUUACGGUGGAUCUUCGGCUGCCUCGUAAUUGUUCAAGGAUUGGCUGUUGCUCCAGCGGAGCCCUUGCCCGCUCCCCAUCAGGAAUCCCUGGCUUCCGAGCCAGAUUUGCUGGCGAGUUGGCAUGGAGAGCCGCUGGAGCAGCAGAGCAUCGUAGUGCGAUCCAGGCGGGAAUUCGAUGACAAUGGCGAGGAAAUAGUGUUCAAGGGCUCCCUUAGCGACACCAAGGAUCAAGAUUGCGGUGGUCUCCGUUACGGACCAACAACCCAGGGAGGGCAAGCCCAGUUGACCGCCAGUUGGCUUGUUGGCAUCCCGAUCAGCCUGAUUCUUAGCCGCCUUGUAGGAGUUGUGAAUGAGAUAUAUCAGCUAAAAACUUACUAGUUUUCCUCCUUUCGG